CAUAUUUUAAAAAAUUAAAAAAAAUAAAAAGAAAAUACAGUGACGUACGUGUUUCUUUUAUUUUCAUUAUGUCUUUAGAUUAUAAAUAUUAUGAUUAUGUGGAUAAAAUAAGUGUCAAUCACCCAAGUAUAAGCAGAGAUUCCAUCUCAUUAUCUUCUGUUUAUUCUCCUGUUCAUUCUACUCAGUCAGAGAGUAAGUUAUGAAUAGUAUCUAUCAUAUUCAUAAAGGCAUAGAUGUACCAAGACAUAAUGAGAAAGUCUAUCGAUCCGUAUGCUCAGAACCCAACAAGACUUUGUUGACAGAACAAGAACUAGCAAGACAUAACCAGUCUACACCUUAUAUACCCCAAUUAUACUAUGAAGAACAAGAAGAUGAGUUUCAAAAGAUGGAUCAACAAUGUAAUCAAAUGAAGCAAGCAUUUGAACAAAAAAUCAAGGAUUUAGAAGCACAAUUAGAAAAGGCAGAACAAGAUAUCAGUCAGUCUCGUUGUGAUAUUGAACAAUUAGUCUAUACAGAUCAACAAGUUCAAACUGAUCUAUGCAAUCAAGAUAUAACUCAACUUCAGGAUACUGAGAAUAAGAUGAUGCAGCUAUCACUUGAACUCAAAGAAGAAGCCACUACUUGGAAGAAUAAACUAGACCAUAUCAUGGAUCAAACACGUCAACUUGUCUGGGACACACCUCAUAUACCCUACAAUCAAAUCUGUCGACAAUUGCCUACACCUCCUGAUGACAAUGAUAUCUGUGAUUAUCACCGCAAAAGAUACGAAACAGCCACAAGAGUAUUUGAAAAAGAAAAAGCACUGUAUCAACAUGAUCAUCAAGCUACUCUGAAUCGACUGCAUCAAUUGCUUUAAUUUAUUUCUCAUUUUUUACAGCACAACAUAAUAAACAUGCUACCACACUUUAAUUUGCUAUCAGUCUAUGCGUGUCAUUAAAAAAGAAAAAAGGAGGACUUACCAUCCAAGCCAAUAAGAAUCAUUCUUUGUAUGUUCUUUUUCAUGAACCAUUUUGACAGUAUUGGGUGAAGGUGGAGGAGUCAUGAUGGUUUCCUGUUGAUGAAUAUGUGUCAU